GUCGUUGGAGGCAAAAACCCUGAAAAGGGAUUUCGUUGUUUGCAGUAAAAACCAAGAGCGCAACAUUAACUUGAGAGUGAAUUUAAGUGUGAAAAGGACAUACAUUACGCGGAGAGCAAACAUGGAUGCAGGUGAAGACCAAAACACAGGCAACACCACCAAUGGAAAUCCUCAGCCAAGUGGAAACUCUCGUGCGCCCCAGAUAGCCCACAUGUCUCUGUAUGAGAGACAGGCUGUACAGGCUCUCCAAGCACUUCAAAGACAGCCAAAUGCAGCUCAGUACUUCCAGCAGCUCAUGCUGCAGCAGCAGAUCAACAGUGCCCAACUCCACAACUUGGCUGCUGUGCAACAGGCCACACUUGCAGCUAGUCGUCAGUCAAAUACCCCAAGUAACACCAUGACCCAGGCGACCACCACUGUCAACCUAAGCACCACAUCAGCAGGAGGUACUAUGACCAACCCCCGUCCACACGGUCCGGCUACCUCUGCAACAACAACCACUCUCAACCAGUCAGUGUUGUUGGGUGGAAACUCUGCAGGACAGGGACAGAUGUACCUCAGGGUCAACCGCUCUCUCAGGGCUCCCCUUGCUUCUCAGCUCAUUUUCAUGCCUGGGGGAACAGCAACAGCUACUGUAGCAACAGUUGCCCAAACACAGCCCCAACAGCAGCAGCAACAACAACAGCAACAGCAGCAGCAGCCGCAACAACAGCAUGAAGUCGCUCCAACCACUGCCACGGCCCAGUCUGACAAUGAUCAGGUGCAGAAUCUGGCCCUACACUGCGCUUCCACUCCCAGAGGCGUUGCUGUCAAAUCUGAGCUUCCAGAGAGGAAAGAUGUUGCCAGCUUCCCUCUUAAUCAACAGCAGCAGCAGACUUUUGCUCAGACAGCUCAGCAGCAGCAAGUGCAACCACAGCAACAAAUGGCCAAACCCAACUUUACUCAGCAGUCCAAUGCCAACACUAUGACUGUGAAGACUGUUACUCCCGCUGCUUCUGUAGCUCCUUCCUCCACCUCCUCUACAGCACUCCCUCUCUCCCAACUCCUCCUGUCCUCCUCUGCCGCCCCCAUGAUCCUGGUGCCCACCUCGAAUGUUCCUACCACCACCCAGGGCUACUCCAUUGGCUCUGUGACGCCAAAAGCCAACAUUAACACUCAGACUCUGGUGGUGCAGCCCCUACAACAAGCCAGCACUACUGCAGAAAAAGGACCUGUGCCAAUCCAGCCCAAGACGGCUCAGGGACACCGCUUACCUGUGCAGCUGCCUCCUCGACACCCACCUCCCAUUCUCCCAGCGCCACCGAGCAACAGCCAGCACAACUCUCCCCACAUCCCUGUGCAGCUUGUGGGAGCCAGGCAGGGCUUAGCAGGAAACACACAGGCUGUGGCCCUGGCACAUGCACGAAGCAACGCGGUGCAGGAGAGUACAACUGGUGGGAACGGUAACACAGUCUCCAACAACAGUGCGAUGAUAAAGCCUGCCAUUGGCUCUCUGAAGAGAAAAUCUGACUGUGAUGCAUCAAAUGAGAUGGCGACAGAAUCUUCAGACUGUGUACCCAUGAAAGAUUCUGCUCCUCCCUUAUCCCCUGCUCCUACAAAGGACUCAGCUCCUCCUAUCGCAGCGGCCUUUUCAUCUCCUCCCACCCUGUCCUUGCCUCUGCCCCUGUCAAGAGUCGGGCAUGGGGACAAAGACAGAGCGCCUGUUCCCCAGGCAGUGGUCAAACCUCAAGUCCUCACCCACCUCAUAGAGGGCUUUGUCAUCCAGGAGGGAGCUGAGCCCUUUCCUGUUGCUGGACUCCUCAAAGACAGAGAUUUUGUCCUGGUUGGCCGCUCAGAGAAUGGACCUCCAUUGUUAAAGUGUGAGUACUGUGGAAGUCUCGCUCCUGCCAGCCAGUUCAGAGGAUCAAAGAGGUUCUGUUCCAAUACUUGUGCAAAGAGGUAUAAUGUGAGCUGCAGCCAACACUUCAAGACAAGCAGAGUGAGGAGUGGUGCAGGGCUGGCGCCGCCUCCAGUACCUGCUGACGGCGCUGCGAGACGAAGGGCUCCGUCUCGCAGGAGCAGUUCUAAUAUCAGCUGUAAUAAAAUGCCAGGCAGGCAUCUACCUGUUAAGUGUCACUCAGAGUCCAGUCGCUCAGAGGACUUAUCCAGUGACGGGGAGGAAGAGGAAGAGGAUUCUCCUUCACUGUCCCCGAGCUCUUCACACUCCUGCUCAAGAGCCGAGCGCAGCGUUCCUCCGUCUGACAGCUCGGCUCCCGGCAGCCUCCCACUAGAGGGGGCUAACUUCCUCUCAUCCACUCCUGCUCAGUGGAGCGUGGAAGAAGUCUGCAGGUUUAUCUCUUCACUUCAAGGCUGUGAAGAGUUGGCUACACAGUUUCUGUCGCAGGAAAUAGACGGGCAGGCUCUGCUGCUCCUGCGAGAGGACCAUCUCAUCUCCACGAUGAAUAUCAAGCUGGGUCCCGCUCUCAAGAUCUGUGCCUCCAUCAACACCCUGCGUGAGUGAUGAGAGUUCUUCAAAGGGACAGCAGGCUUGUUUUCUCACUGGAAUCAACACCUGCUCCUGAGUAGAAGGAGUUAAAAAGACUAAGAUCAGUGAGGACGGCGUUUACAAAAUAAAGGUUCACCAUCGGCCAUGUGGAGAUGUGCAGAUGGACGUUUUACUUUCUGGACAUUGAAUGUGCAAAAAAAAAAUUUGUAUGUGUACUUUCAUGAGUGAGUGGUGAGCAUGGACAGUCUGGUGUAUCCAUGCCUGUAGUGUUUGUCAGUAUAUUUUCCUGUUGUGAGUAGAAGCCUUUUGUAUGUAUACUCUAUUGAAACUGUGCAGAUGUGCCGGCCUGCAGUAAACGAUGCUCGGCCUGCUAACUACACAGUUCAAAAAGGAAAGAAAAGAAAUGUUGCCUUCUUGCUGUAUUUCAGAUGGUGCUUUAACUUUAGUGACAUGAUUUGGAGUGAUGUCAACAUCAGUCCACUUCAUUUAUAUAUUUCAGUCUUUUUAGUUAUUUGUUUAUUUACCGUAGAUGUUCAAUCCAGGCUGCAAUCACAUCGAGCAAAGGACACUCAAAAAGCCUGGUGUUUUUAAUUAGUUCACUUUAGCAGUUAUUAAAAGCUUAGUUUUGUAUCUUUUCCAUUUUAUACUACAAUCAAAAUUAUUUUUUCAUGGAUAUGAUAUAGUCUUAGUAGCUUUAAUCAACUUAACUACCUGAAAACAGGUAUUCCCAAUGGUUUGCUCACUCAAGGGCUGAGUGGAAGUGCUCUGUGUACAUGUAUGCAGUACUACCAAUAAACAAUACCUGUUCCCAGA